AGCUAGCAAGCAAAAUAGUGCAGAUAGGUUUGUCAUAAUAGGGUCGAGUAGUAGCAUUCUACACCUCCUUUUAAUUUGUCUUCUUUUAGCUUGUUUUGUUUGGGUGACAUGAAGUCACGUGAAUUCCUUUCAGGCCUCUUCUUCUCCUCUUCUCCUUCUCCUUAAUUUGAUCCCCCAAUCUCCCUUCUUCUUCUAACACUCUUUUGCCCUAUUAAUUACUCCUUUUUAGUUUUUUCAUUCCCCCCCAUUUCUCUGUCUCUCUAUAUCUAUCUCACUGCGCUGUCUCCAUGACCCCAGUCUUUCUGAACUCAUCUUCCUCUAAUUCCUUUCCACUUGUGGAGCUAAAAGAAGAUCAACCACAACAUGAUCUGCAACUUUUCUUGUCACCCCAUCAAGCAUCAACUACUCCUACUUUCUUUAACGCACCAACUCGAGAUCAAGAGGUUAAUGACAAGUGCAUAUCACGAGGAAGACGGAGUAGUAAUGAUCACCAUAAAUAUAAUACCCUAUCUUCACCUUCGUUGAAUGAAAAUACCAGGAAGGCCAACAAAUUGAUCUCAUGUAAAAGAGAGGAUAAUAUUAUUGGAGAUUAUUAUGAUGGAAAUGGUGGUGGUGGUGGUGAGGGAUCAUCAUCAAUAACUAAAUGGCUUCCCUCAAAGGUAAGCUUGAUGCAAACAAUGAUAAACUCUAAUUGCUCAUCAGAAACUGAUAAACCAGUCAAAUUUACUCUCAAGUUUCAAGAUCAGCAAUGCCAUGCUAAAAGCCACAACACCAACACGACCACCAUUAGAGUCUGUUCAGAUUGCAACACUACCACUACUCCUCUUUGGAGGAGUGGCCCUCGAGGACCAAAGUCCCUUUGCAAUGCGUGUGGGAUUCGGCAAAGGAAGGCACGACGGGCAAUGGCGGCGGCCGCCAUGGCAAAUGGUACAGUUGCAGCAACGGAAACAUUAUCAUCAUCAUCAUCAUCGUCUACAAAGACUAAUUAUAAGUUGCAGUACAACAAGGACAAGAAGUUGCGCACCGCAGGACAUGUUACACAAGGCAAGAAAUUGAGCAAACCGCCCGAUCCUCCUCAUCAGACCCAAAGGAAGCUUUGCCUGAAGAAUCUUGCUUUAAGCUUGAGCAACAAUUCGGCUCUUCAACGUAUUUUUCCACAGGAUGUACAGGAAGCAGCAAUUUUGCUCAUGGAACUAUCUUGUGGUUUUAUUCACAGCUGAAAUUUUUAAUUUAUAUUUUUGCAUAUUAUUAAUUUACUUAUUAGCUGGGAGAAGUUCCUGUACCUGAGAGAGAUCUUUAUUUAAAUUUCUGCAAUUUUGCAAACCAAAAUAUGGGUUUUUAGGA